GUGAAGAAUUUUAGUGAAGAGAUGGGUAGACAUAGAAGUUUGUGGGUGUCUCUUGUUCCAUUUGGAUUUGUCUUGUUCUUUAGCUCAGCUUUCAUUGGAGUGCCUAGUGCCCUUGGCUGGAGCAAAGAGGGUCAUGUCAUGACAUGCCAAAUUGCACAGGCACUUUUAGAGCCUGAGGCAUCGGAAGCAGUGAACCGUUUGCUACCUGACUAUGUGAAAGGUAACUUAUCAGCCCUUUGCGUAUGGCCUGACCAAAUUAGACACGGCUACAAAUAUAGGUGGACAAGUCCUCUUCAUUUCAUUGACACUCCGGAUAAUGCUUGUUCGUUUCAGUAUUCAAGAGACUGCCAUGAUUCCCAUGGUGUGGAGGAUAUGUGUGUUGCUGGUGCUGUCAAAAACUUCACUUCCCAACUCAUGCAUUACAAAGAGGGGACAUCUGAUCAGCAAUAUAAUAUGACUGAGGCGUUGUUGUUCUUGUCACAUUUCAUGGGAGACAUUCAUCAGCCAAUGCACGUUGGAUUCACCACUGACGAAGGUGGAAACACGAUAGAACUACGCUGGUUCAGGCAUAAAUCUAAUCUGCACCAUGUGUGGGACAGAGAAAUUAUCCUCACUGCACUAGCAGACUAUUAUGAUAAGGAUCUAAGCCUCCUUCUCCAAGACAUUCAGAGGAACUACACAUAUGGAAUCUGGGUAGAUGAUAUUUCAUCUUGGAAACAUUGUAAUGAUAUCUCUCAGUGUGUAAACGAUUGGGCCAAAGAGAGCAUAGAAAUUGCUUGCAAAUGGGGUUACGAAGGUGCUAAAUCUGGAACAACUCUAGCAGAUUAUUACUUCGACUCAAGGAUGCCAUUUGUCAUGAAACGAAUUGCUCAAGGUGGAAUUCGAUUAGCCAUGCUUCUAAAUAAGGUGUUUGUUGCCUCUGAAGAAGGAUUUACGUACAACAACAACAACGUUUGUCAAUGGGAACGUCGUCUAUAACUUAGUUUGUUCACAAUUGUUAAUCUUAUUGGCCCAUUGCAUUUCUGACUACAACUUGCCUCUAUUUUAAUAACUGAAAAAUGUGUAUGUAAGGACCCAUCUUUUUUUA